AUCGCCGUGUCUAACUGAAUGUUAAUCGCUGCGUUGCACUAUUGGAGCAGAGUUUAGAUCGCCGAAUCUCUUAAUACUGAUCGCCAAGUCUUGCGAGAUAAGAUCGCCGAAUCUCUAACAGAAAGUUAGUCGCUGCACUUUGCCGCCGGAGCAUUAGUUAGAACACUGAUUUUUUUUUUUUGUUACAGACCGCCGAGUCUAUUGUGAGUUAAGAUCGCCGCAUCUCUUAACAGAACGUUAGUCGCUGCACUUUGCUACCAGAGCAUUGGUUAGAUCGCUGAAUUUAUUGUUACAGACCGCCGAGUCUAUUGUGAGUUAAGAUCGCCGAAUCUCUUAACAGAACGUUAAUCGCUGCACUUUGCCGCCGGAGCAUUAGUUUGAUAACCCGAUUCGCUUAUGAGACUGCUGUGAGAUUUUGUUCGCCGUAAACUCAACUCACCACGAUGCCUCUUGAUUUUCCUACUGCAACACAAGCCGAGUUAGAUCUUGAACGAAAUGCAGUACAUUUAGCUCUACAGAAGCAAACUACCACAGGGUCAUGGAGUAAAGUGGUAAAAUCAGUUGCCGCCGAGUUACUUCAUACUAAGACAGAUCUCGAAGACAUUUACCGUCUGCUAGCCUCAGCUGAUCUAGCAACCGUCACUGGUCAACAGAAGACAGAUUUUCUACUUAAACUUAAAUCUGCCACCCUAAAGAUCACGAAUGCUUACCAAGUGACCUAUAUCUCUCUAUCGGAUGCACCAGACACUGCAGAGGAAUUUUUAACGUUAGAUUCCUGCUCGGGUCUUUCCCCAGAACAGACCAAGAAGAUAACUGAAAUCCGGAAGAAGAAAGAAGAUCUUGCAGAUAAAGCCGAACAGAAAGCUCAGAAAGUCUCCUUUUUUAACUCUAGUCGAAACAAACCCUACUACCAGCCAAAAGCUUUUGAAUCUUCUAACUUCCAAACUCCGAUGAACUUCCAAAAUAUGAUGAAUCUUCAAAACCCACUGAACUAUCAUACUCCAUAUGCCAACUUCCAAGCGAUGAAUUUUCAACCUAAACCUCGUUUUCAUUUCUCUGGGCCUCCCCCUCCCCUUGCACUCCCCAACACCAGUCUUUAUUACAACUCUGCAUAUCCUGGUCAAACCCAACAACAGCUCUCUUACGUUCCACAACCAAACCUGGCUCGAGAGAAGAAGAAACUAAUGAUUGAACAAGAGAAACUCGAAACACAAUGCAAAGAUUGUGAUCUGUUCGGACAUUGGCGAGGGGAUGCUAGGUGCCCCCUGGCUGUUAGUAGAGUUGCAGGUUACAUGCUUCAUUCUUAACCAAGUAAUUGCGUUGCAUAGUAAUUAUCAGCUAUUUUCAUUUUUGUUUUGUUAUAUUGUUUUUGAACUAAAAUUGUUAUUUUCUUUUUUACUCUGAUUUUUACCUGUGCCAGUUUACUUGAGUUUGGAAAUAUAUACCCUUGUUAUAACUUGUUUUUAUUUGUUUUGUUGAAAAGAUUAAAAAUAUCUGUUUUUUUGGUUCAUAUUUUUUAAAUUUUUCUUUCAGCCACGCUUGCAGAUCGACUACUUAUUCUUCUGUUCGUUUGUUUAAGUUCAUUAUUUUAACCAAUUUUUCAAAUUUAAAAGCAAAUUAAUCGGUUUCUAAUAUUAAUU